AUGUUUCGAUGGUAUAUGCUGUCGUUACUGCUACCCAUAAUAACCAGUAAUACCUUAUACACUGGUGAUGUAAAUAAUUUACAACCAUUUUGUAAUGAUGGUACUAAUUGCGACUAUAGCUCCACUUCAGUUCUCUUUUCCUCUUCGGAAAGCAGUAAUCUGAUACCAAGUCACUCCGUUUCCGUAUUGGAAAAUAGUCAGCAAAUAUCAUUGUAUAAUUUAUGGUCAUAUCUACUUUAUCGAUGGAGUAUCGUGCUAUAUUUCGUACCACUAGUCGUCAUAAUAUUAUGUAAAUGUAAAAUAAUUAAUUGUGAUGUACGACUAAUUUACGGUAACAUGCCGGAUGAUUCUGGAUAG